CGGGUACUCCAAUCGGAUCCACUCUAGUCCACUCCACUCCUAUCUAUAUAUGCCGACAGAAACCACGGUCUUUUUAGAUUUCAGGAACGACGUUGAGGUAGUGAUAUCAAACUUGUACCAAACUUAUCUGAUUCCCAAAAACCAUGGAAGCUGUACUUCUCCGAACCGGUUCGGUCCCGGUCCAACAACAUUUCAUCGUUCCCAGUUCACCGAGAGUCUCUGCUUCGCCCCGGAUUUCGCUGGUCAAUAGCCGGAGCGAUUCUACUCCGGGGAAGCGAACCCCAAGGGUUUCGUCGGAGUCGAAUGUGAUCCGAUCCGACACCAAGUCCAAGAUCUGUGCGUAUUAUCGGGAGAUGUUGAAAUCAAACCCUAACAACGCUCUUCUGCUCAGAAACUAUGCCAAGUUCUUACACGAGGAUGAGGGAGAUAUGGUGAAAGCAGAAGAGUACUACGGAAGAGCAAUACUGGCGAGUCCUGGAGACGGAGAGGUGUUGUGUUUAUACGGAAAGUUGAUAUGGGAGACUCAGAGAGACGAAGACAGAGCCCAAUCCUACUUCGAUCAAGCUAUUCUUGCCUCUCCCAACGACUGUACGGUGUUGGGAUUGUACGCGCAAUUCAUGUGGGAGGCAGAGGAGGAGGAGGAGGAGGAGGAAGAAAAAGAGGAUGGUGGUGAUGGCUGAUUGGAGAAAUAAAAUGGAGUGUCUUGGUUGAAGCAUUUUAGCUUCAGAGAGUUUCGUUGUGUAUGCUUUUGCAUUAGCUCUUGUAUCUCAUGAACGUACGUGACCUAUAUAUGGUUAUCACUCUCAAUGAUCAUGUGUUGGCAAAAAACUCUCUCUCUUUCUCUCAAACUCUGAGAGCUUCUUUCUCU